AUGUCGUUCCCCCCAGGAGUGCAACGCCUCAUCACCAACGCCCUCGGGAUAACUUCCGACGACGGCAAUGGUGCUGGCUCAUCCGCGCCAGGCAGCGACUCUAGUAGCCACAACUCUGCAUCUAACCCAAAGACUGGUUCCAGCCAUCCCAGGAACGCGGAAUAUGAGGCGUCUGCUCUUGAUGUCGUAGUAGUCAAAAUCAUGUUGACCAAGGGCUGCAAGUUGCCACACGAGAUCGUUCUCUCUCUACUUGACCAUGCCGAGUACUGGCCUCACACAACCACCACCCUGGAUCACUCUCUCACUGUCUCCUCUGGGGCAGGUCGUGAGAACCAGUUCGUCCUGCGAUCAAAACCACUCGGCUUGAUCAAAAAGGUCCACUACGACGAUCACUACUACAGCUUCACCACUGCUCAGGCCAAACCACUCUCACAAGGUGGAGACUAUUCCUUGUCUCAAUUCCAGGAAUGGAUUGGGGGUCCAACUGAUACCCUCGAACACCCUUGCCGCAAGAUUGUCUUCACUUAA